UUUCAUGGCUAUUCACAACAUUGUUUCCUGCAGUCUCCAAAUUUUCCCUCCCUUUCUCACCUGCCCUCAAUUUUCCCUCGGAUUUUCUCGCACUUUCCCUCCCGCGACUCGAAAACCUUCCCAACGAUACAGAGCAUUCCGAGGAUGGCGAGAGUACGAGGAGGCAGUGAAGCGGAAGGACCUCGCCGGAGCUCUCGGGUUCCUGAAAUCCGUGGAAACCGAAAACCCAGUUGAGCCGUUUUUCGACGAGUCGACUCGGUCACGGUUCCGCGAGUUGGAGCUGUACGGUCCACAGAGGGAUUGGGAGGUUCUGGACACGUGCUUGAAUGCUGAUGACAUGAAGCUUGUUGCGAACGCUUACAAGUUCCUCAGGGACAGGGGUUUCUUACCCAAUUUUGGUAAAUGCAGGAACAUUGUUUUGGAGGGACCGAGGAACGUAACACCGGAUGUCUUGAGCUCCUCAACUGGUUUGGAAGUGACUAAACUUGCUCCAAAGAAGUGGGGUCUUUCAGAUGGUUCAAGCACUGUCUUGGCUGCUUUUCUUGGCGGAGUGUCCUUUCUUAUUUCACAAGGAAUUGAUCUCAGACCCAACCUUGCAGUGAUAUUAGGUCUAGCCAUUGCAGAUUCUAUAUUCCUGGGUGGUACCUGUUUAGCUCAAAUCUCAAGUUACUGGCCACCAUAUAAGCGUCGAAUCAUAAUUCACGAGGCAGGGCAUCUCCUAACAGCUUACCUGAUGGGUUGCCCAAUACGGGGGGUGAUUUUAGACCCAAUAGUUGCAAUGCAAAUGGGCGUUCAAGGACAGGCAGGGACUCAGUUUUGGGACGAGAAAGUUGCCAACGACCUUGCCGAAGGCCGACUUGAUGGUACAGCUUUUGACAGGUACUGCAUGGUACUUUUUGCAGGCAUUGCGGCUGAAGCUCUUGUUUAUGGUGAGGCAGAGGGUGGAGAAAAUGAUGAAAAUCUAUUUAGAAGCAUCUGUCUUCUUCUUGAGCCUCCAUUGUCUGUAGCUGAGAUGUCUAAUCAAGCAAGAUGGUCAGUUUUGCAAUCUUAUAAUUUGCUCAAAUGGCAUAGAGCUGCACACCGAGCUGCUGUUAAAGCAUUGGAAAGCGGUGCCAGUCUAAGUGUUGUAAUUAGGAUGAUCGAGGAGACUUUGUAUUCCAACAAUGAGCCUCAGAAGUUUAUAUAAAUGAGACAUUUUCUCUUUUCAUGUUGCUUACGGGGUUAUCGUGAUUAAUCUGAAGUGGAGCUGAUUUUACUGGUCUUAAUAUACUAUAGCAUAUUUUGCAGAUGGCACAUAUGUUGCACCUUGUCUACCAUGAUAGAUAACGAGAGUCAAUAAUUUCUGCUUCAGCAAGUGGCUUUUUUGUUCACACUCGACAUGGUUAAUACGUAAUACCAGUGGAGACAAUGUCAUCACUCAUCAUGAUAAUGGUAGCCUAUCUUCAGAGUGAUUCUUAGCCUUGUAGCCGUGGUUGAAGUCAAUCAUGAGCUUUAGAAAAUGGUUUGUAAAUAACUUUUUUUUUUUUUUAAAUAUUUCUAGAGAUGUGCCACUUUUGUAUUACUUUUUUUUAUUUUAUUUUUCUAUGGAAUGUAUAGCCACUGGCUAUUAUGUCAAUAUAAAUAUUUUAUC